AUGAGUGUUCAAGCCGCGGUGGCUUUUCUCAACAGUAACAAUGUGGACAACAAGGCAGGCACCCCAGCGAGUUUGCCUAAACCACAAUUAACGAAUUCGAAAACGACUCUAUCGGCUGCUCAGGAAUUGAAAAAGAUCAAAACAGCAGGAGGAGGGGUUGCGACUAUGUUGAAUAAAUUUAACCAGCAACCAGCCCAAGCACCUAUCCAAUCUACGAAUAAACGAGCUCUUCCUACUACUAUCCCUACUACCACCACUACCACCGCUGCCAAAACAAAACCGUCUACUACAAAUACCACUGCCACUACCACUGCCACUACCACUACUGCUAGCGCUAGCGCUAGCGUUAGCGCCAACUCUUCUUCUGCGUCCUCCUCGACAUGUUCUUCCACACCGACGACUUGCGCUUCCUCCACGUCCUCCUCCCCAGACGGCCGUCGACGCUUGUCCGCUUCAACACCGAAGGAACGUUCGAACGAGUCUCCUAUCGCCAAACCCAACGCGGCACCCUUCACUAAACCAUCAUCUCCUGAACGGACGCCGAAAAAAGUGAAUCCCCAGAAAAAAUCCGACCUCGAUCUCAUGGCCGAAGAACUUGUGUCCAUCUACCAAAAAUCGUUGGAUCAAGCAGCAAAUGCCGAAAAUCGCAUCAAAAAAUUGGAAGCUGACGUUGAAAGAUUAUCUUCCGAUGCCACUAAAGCGAGAGAUUAUGAAAUUCGCGUGGAAUAUUUGGCCCAAAAAUUGGAACAGGUAUCCGAGCAACGAGAUGAUAUGGAACAGAAACUGCAGUCGUAUAGACAACGCAUGGUUACCCCUGAAUCUGUCAAUUCGGCCAACUAUCCUGUUUCCAGCCAUUACCAAGCCUCGGUCGAGAAUCGGUUUGACGCUGGCCCGCCGCCGGGAUUGCUGCCUACUUCUGCUUCGGCCGCUGACAAUGAUGAAUACCUAAGCGGAAUUCUCGAUGCGUACGAUCACGAUUCCGACUUGGACGAAGACCAAGCCAACUUGUCCCCGGCAGAAGAUGCAGGCAACAUCACACAAAGAGAACAGCAGUAUCGCCAACAGAUCGAAUUUCUGACCCAGCAAUUACGAGCUUGCGAUCAAAGCGUGAAAUUAACGGUGGAAAAGUACGUGGGCGAACUGGAAGUACAACGGUUACACACAAAGCGACUGAUGGACGUGGUGCGCAAGCAGGACGAACUAAUUGCCAAGUUGGAAUCACAAAUGGGUGCCGGUGGGAGUCAACUGACGAUUUCCACGGCACCCGACCAAGGGUUUCGAGGCAACCACGACCUGUCAAAGGAGUCGUUUCAGGAACACGACAGCUUGUUAAAAGACGAGGUUGAGCUGCAACGCAUCGAACUGGAAAAUAAGCGAGAACUGCUCACGCAACUGUUGAACGAACGCGAAGAUUUAUUACGCAAAGUGGCUCAACACGAAGACGCCUCGUCCCUUUCCAUUUCACGACAAGCACGUUCAGCUUCGAUCCGUUCAUCCAUCGAUGUACUGGCGGAAUUCGCCAAGGGCCCCGUUGCAACCACCGACAAAACCGGUUCACCUGCAUCGCCGCCUUACCAUGCUCGACCUCGAAGUGGUCGAGGCACGCCUCCUCCCACCGCUCCUCCUCGAGAUCCUUUACCACCCGUGCCAGCCAACGGCGCCUAUUCCACCAAAUCCUCGGUUCGCGGUUCCUAUUCCAGCUCGCACACCUCGGUCGCGUCGUCAACCACAUCGUGGUCAUCCCAUGAUUAUGAAAGCCACGUCCCAUCACCGUUGAACGAAAAGUACACCGUGGCAACUGACUCGCGCCUUACUUCGCCAAGACAUACCAUGCUCAAUGAUCCUUCUUUGGUGGUUCCUUCCACGAGAACCAGCAGCACCAUCCACACUAUGGCGCCAACCACUUCAACGCCAGCGAAAAAGCAUAGCUCUUUCUGGAAAAGCUGGAAAAAGAAAAGUUUAACCUCGUCCUGA